GGUAGUGCUCACCUCGAGAAAAGUUGGAACGGAGAGCGAACAGAGUGAUCUGAGAGAGAGAGAGAGAGCGAGAGAGGGAAAUAGAGCGAGAGAUUGAGACAGAGGAGAGGGAGGAGAGAGAGAGAGAGAGAGAGACGGGGGGAGAUCUCCCUCGUGAUACCCUCUCGAUUACGGCCUAUACAGCAUAGCGCGAGAGAGAGAGAGAGAGAGAGAGACGAGGAGGAGGAGAAGGCCAACAAAAAGGCACGGCGAGCACGUAUAAAGUCCCAACCAAAUCUCUCUUCUUACUUCUCGAGACGAUUCCCUCCACCCUCUCAUUUGCUUUAAGCGACUCUUUUUCUCAGAUAAGAGAUUGGAGCUCGAAGGGAUGGCGUGUGGCGAGGAUAAGGAGCAGGACCCUCGCAUCCAAGGAAUAGCCGCUUCCAUCCGCGUCGUCCCCGAUUUCCCCAAGAAAGGAAUUAUGUUUCAAGACAUCACGACGCUGCUGCUCGAUCCAAAAGCGUUCAAGAACACGGUGGACUUGUUCGUGGAGCGGUACUCGGGGAAGAAUAUCUCCGUUGUGGCUGGAAUUGAAGCCAGAGGCUUUAUUUUUGGUCCACCAAUUGCUUUAGCGAUUGGAGCAAAAUUUGUUCCUUUGAGAAAGCCAAGAAAAUUACCAGGUGAAGUCAUUUCGGAAAAGUAUGUUCUGGAAUAUGGAACUGACUGUCUUGAAAUGCAUGUCGGGGCAAUCCAACCUUGUGAUCGUGCUUUGGUUGUUGAUGAUUUGGUAGCAACUGGAGGAACCCUUCGGGCUGCUAUGAAUUUACUUGAGCGGGCUGGGGCUGAGGUGGUCGAAUGUGCAUGCGUUAUUGAACUGCCCGAAUUGAAGGGCCGCGAAAGGUUGAAUGGCAAACCCCUCUACGUACUGAUGGAGUCCAGAUGAUGGUGAUCUUCUUGGUUGAUGCCUCCGCUGCUGCUUCUCUGUUCUUCUUCCCAAUAUGUAGUCAUGAGAGAACCAUUUGUUGUUCCACAAAUGUUGUCUCUUUCUUCUGUGCUGCAUUGUCAUCAAUGGGAACUACAAAAUGGCAACUACAUCAAGCUUUUCUGUUUCCUAUUCUUACAUAUGCUAUUGACCAGAAAACACAGCAGUCUGUAAUUAGCAGCUUGAAUUCUCAGUUUUUGAUUGAUACUUCA